GAUUGGAACUAUAACCUAAAAUUGAUUAUAUACAAAGACUCGUAGAUAGUGAAAUAUUAUGUAGAUCAAAGAGAACUAUUACAAUGUAUAAUAUUUAUGAACAGUUAUCUAUAAAGGAUAUAGCAAAUUGGGUUGUUUCUGGAGCAAUAAUAUUUGGUGGCAUUAUUCCAUAUGUACCGCAAUAUCGAGAAAUUAAAAAAAGAAAUAGUGCAGAAGGAUUUUCCCUUUAUGUAUGCCUUACACUUUUAAUAGCUAAUGUAUUACGUAUUUUUUUUUGGUUUGGAAAACAUUAUGAAGUACCUCUUUUAUUACAAAGUAUAUUUAUGAUCAUUACUAUGUUCAUAAUGAUUAAAUUGUGUAUAAAUAUACAAAAUAGAAAUCAAAUAAUAAAAGUAAAAGAACAUGUAUUUUCAGAUUUUGAUGCAAGAUUUUUUUGGAGAUGGACAGACUUUCAAUCUUAUUUAGAUUUUAUGCUACUAUUUGUAGCAUUAAUAGGGAUUCUAACAUAUCUAUUAGUGGAUGUACCAAUAUUUGUUGAAACUGUAGGAUUACUUGCACUAUUAACAGAAGCUAUGCUUGGAAUACCACAAUUUCUGCAUAACUUCUUAAAUAAAUCUACUAAUGGAAUGAGUAUUGUAAUGGUUACACUGUGGAUAUUAGGUGAUACAUUUAAAACAUGUUAUUUUGUUAUAAGAGAAGCUCCAAUUCAAUUUGAAGUUUGUGGUAUUCUUCAAGUUAUAAUAGAUAUUGCAAUUUUUAUGCAAGUAUAUGUUUAUCAAAAUAGUACAACAGUACAUGCAAGAAUUCCAGUUCGAGUUGAUUGAGCUGGUGCUUUAUAUAUGUUUAUGACAUAUUCU